CAAAACUCAGUCAAGUCUCUCCCUCUCACUAAACUCUGAAGUAUAGCUUAUACAAGCACAUCUCUCUCUCUCUCUCUCUCUCUCACUAGUUGUACCAGUUGCUGCGUCACUCUAGGUGGGGAUGAUCGGUGGCGAAGGAGAUCAAGGGCCGCCGUCUGUGGCGGGAAACGGCGGCGAGUUUCUCCUCCAGUUGCUUCAGGGGCCGCCUGGGCAGACCACGACUCCCCCGUCACCCGCCGCCGCCACCGCCGCCAGAGCUUCAGCGGCUGCUCCGGUGUCACAGCCGUCGCAAAUCUUAUCUCAUGACCCUGCGGUUGCGGCGGUAGGUCCCACCUUCUCUUUUCCGACCUAUCCAUUCAACGGUUACGAUCUUCCGUACCCUCAGCAUCCUCCUCCUUGGAUUCCGUUUGCUCCUCAGAACAUCUUCUUCCCGGGUUUUCCCCAAAACCCUAACCCUAACCCUUGCCAUAGUUGGUCUCCAUCAACAACACCCCAGUCUGGGUUCACUCACAAUUACCAACACAAUCUCCAUUUCAAUAGCCAACUAGGGUUUUUGGGGUCAAGUCCUAGACCAGAGUCAGUUCAUCAGCAUGGGAGAAAUCUCAUGUUUGGGUCGUUGCCUUGUGAAAUACAAACCAAUGGGGCUCUCCCAACCGGCAACUCGCUCAACACUCAAGCUUCAAUUGCUAAAAUCGACGGUUCAUUGUCAAAGGCGGGGGGCAUGGCUGAUGGUAGUAGGCAAUUGAAUGGUUUGGAAGGGAACUUUCAAAAUUCUCCCAAUUAUAGUCGAAGCCAGCAGCAGAAUUCGCGUGCCUUUCAGAAUCAAGAGCAAGAAGUGAGAAGUGGCGGCAGGGGGUGGGGGGGAAGGGGGAGGGGGAGGGGGAGGGGGAGGCAGCAACAGCAACAGCACCAAAGUGCGAAUUUCAAGUUGACCAGACCGCCUCCUGAAGUAAGGCGAUACCCGCCUGGUUUUUUGAGCACGCCUAGCAGUACUGGGAAUAGGAGUUUUGAGCGUAAUGUGGAUAAGGAAAAGAGGAAUUUUGUUGAACUGAGGGACACGCGGUUUGCUUCAAACAUUGAGGAUAAGAGAGACAGCAGGCUGUCUACUGAAAGUAGAAAAAAUUUUGGUGAUAUGAUGGCUGAAAGGAAAUUGAGCAGUCAGCUUGAUUGCCCUGGUCCACCUACAGGAAGUAAUCUUCCCUCAGUUUCUGCAUCUGAUGUUGAAGAGUCGAUGUCGGAGUUGAAUGAUGAAAUUGGUGAAAAUGGUGGAAAGACAAGGUAUAGGUUGCAGGCUGACGUGAGUAGGGUUAGUAGUACCGUUCGAAGCGAAUUCGAUGAUUCCCAUGAGGUGCUUAUAAAUGCUUUAGUACUGGAGGAUCAGCCAAAUAAGAAAAAAGACCAAAAGAGUUCUCGUUAUAAGGAACACAGAUUAGAUACCAGGGGACAGAGACUACUAGGUCAGAGGAUGAGGAUCUUUUACAGACAGAUUGAGUGCCGCAGGGAUAUAGACUGGCUAAAUGCUCCUUUCCUUGCUAUUUAUGAGUCCUUAAUACCACCUGAAGAAGAAAAGGCUAAGCAAAAGCAACUGUUGACUUUACUGGAGAAACUUGUUUGGACAGAAUGGCCUGAAGCUCGUCUCUAUAUUUAUGGAUCAUGUGCCAAUUCAUUUGGGGUUUCAAAAAGUGACAUUGAUAUUUGCUUGACAAUUGAGGAUCCAGAUGUCAACAAGUCAGAGGUUUUGUUGAAGUUGGCAGACAUAUUGGAAUCAGAUAAUCUUCAGAAUGUGCAGGCUCUGACACGUGCUCGGGUUCCAAUAGUGAAGCUUAAGGAUCCAGUCACUGGAAUUUCUUGUGACAUAUGCGUGAACAAUAUUUUGGCUGUUGUCAACACAAAGCUCUUGAGUGAUUAUGCACAAAUAGAUGAGAGACUGCGGCAAUUGGCUUUUAUUGUGAAACACUGGGCCAAAUCCAGAGGAGUUAAUGAAACUUAUCAUGGAACGCUGUCAAGCUAUGCGUAUGUCUUGAUGUGCAUUCAUCUAUUACAACAGCGUAAACCUGCUAUCCUUCCGUGCUUACAGGGAAUGGAGAGAACCUAUGCUGUUACUGUUGAAAAUAUUGAAUGUGCAUACUUUGAUCAAGUUGAAAAACUUUCUGGUUUUGGAUUACCAAACGGGGAAAGUAUUGCUCAACUGGUGUGGUCUUUCUUCAACUAUUGGGCUUAUUGCCAUGAUUACACAAAUGAUGUUAUAUCUAUUCGAACAGGAACUGUACUAAGCAAGCGGGCAAAAGACUGGACUAGGAGGGUUGGAUUUGAUCGUCAUCUAAUAUGCAUAGAGGAUCCAUUUGAGAUAACUCAUGAUCUUGGACGAGUGGUGGACAAGUAUAGCAUAAAAGUUGUGAGGGAGGAAUUCGAACGAGCAGCAGAAAUCAUGCAGAAUGAUCCUGAUCCUUGUGUAAGGCUCUUUGAGCCAUAUGUUCGUAGCUAAUUUUGCCUGUUGGGCGCGUUGUGGUUGUAUUUUCUAGUUCUCUGGAUACUUAGGGAGGCGAUGAUCCAGUUUGUAAAUUCCCUCUCCUCUUCUCUUUUAUCAAGAACAUUGAUACAUACAUGCGGACAUACAUAUAUAUAUAUAUAUAUAUGUUUGCAGUUUUGACUUAA